CACGGAACUGGGAGAGCAGGGAAAAGGCAUAUAUAUAUAAAUAUAUAUACACAUAUAUACACAUAUAUUUAUAUAUACACACAUAUUUAUAUAUACACACAUAUACACACAUAUAUAUAUACAUGCACAUACACACAUAGGCACAUAGACACAUAUAUACAUAUACACGCGCACACACACACACACACACACACACACACAGAGCACCGUAUGGGGCUCGGACACGAAGCUCCACGUUAAUACACCGGAUUGAAGCUCCGCCGUGAGGAUGGAACACAUCAGGACACCGAAGGUGGAGAACGUGCGUUUGAUUGACAGAUGGAUUCCCCGAAGGUCCAUGGUGGGAACGCUGUACCUGUCCUCCACACACACCAUCUUCGUGGAGAACUCAGACGCACACAAAGAGACUUGGCUCCUGCACAGUCUAAUCAGCAGUGUUGAUCGUCCCCCGGCCACGCCCACAGGAAGUCCUCUCAUCCUGCACUGUAAGAACUUCCAGGUGUUUCAGUUCCUGUUACCACUUGAGAGAGAUUGUGUAGAUGUUCAAGAGGCACUUACACACCUGUCACGUCCAGAGCGUUAUGGAGAACUCUUCUGCUUCUCCUUCUUGCCCAGCAUGGUUAAAGAGGACAGAGAGAAGGCUUGGAGUUUCCUGGACCUGCGUGCUGAGUUUAGCCGGAUGGGAAUUCCCAGCAACCUCUGGCACAUCACUCCAGCUAACCACGAGUACAGAGUGUGUGACACGUACCCCUCAGAGCUGUUCGUGCCGAAGUCAGUGUCUCCCGCCGUUAUCGUAGGCAGCGCCAAAUUCAGGAGCCGAGGGCGACUUCCUGUUCUCUCCUACUUCCACAGGGACACCGGCGCCGCAGUGUGUCGUAGCAGUCAGCCUCUCUCUGGUUUCAGCACUCGUUCUCCAGAGGAUGAACAGAUGCUGCAGUCCAUCAUGAAGUCCAACCCUGCCAGUGAGUUCAUGUAUGUGGUGGACACGCGACCGAAGCUGAAUGCGAUGGCCAAUCGGGCAGCAGGAAAAGGCUAUGAGAACGAGGAUCACUACACGAACAUCAAAUUGCAGUUCAUCGGCAUCGAGAACAUCCACGUGAUGAGGAGCAGCCAGCAGAAACUUAUCGAAGUCGGGGAUCUCCGGUCUCCAUCGAUGGGGGACUUCCUGUGGGGCCUGGAGAAUUCUGGGUGGCUCAAACACAUUAAAGCAGUGCUGGAUGCUGGAGUCCAUAUCGCCAAGGCUGUAGCAGAGGAAGGGGUGAGUGUGUUGGUACACUGCUCUGAUGGAUGGGAUCGUACGGCUCAGGCCUGCUCGGUGGCCAGCUUGCUCCUGGAACCGUACUACAGAAGCAUUAAAGGGUUUAUGGUGCUGAUAGAGAAGGACUGGGUAUCAUUUGGACACAAGUUCUCACACAGGUACGCUCACCUGGACGGAGACCCUAAGGAGGUGUCGCCUGUGAUGGACCAGUUCCUGGAGUGUGUUUGGCAGCUGAUGGAACAGUUCCCCUGCGCCUUCGAGUUUAAUGAGCGCUUCCUCCUGCAGCUGCACACACACGUCCACUCCUGUCAGUACGGCAACUUCAUCGGCAACAGCCAGAAAGAGCGUCGGGACCUGAGGAUACGGGAGCGAACUCAUUCACUGUGGCCGUGUCUUUGGCAGAACAGAGCCGAGUUCUUAAAUCCACUGUACAGAUCAGACCACAGUCAGACUCAGGGUGUGCUGAGACCUGUGACCACGCCCUACAGCUUCAAAUUCUGGAAAGGCAUGUACAGUUCUGCAGAAAGGGGCAGGGCCUCACAUCAGUCUCCUUCUGAUUGGUUGACCGCAGUGAAGGAGGAGUCACAGCAGUUGGAGGAGGAGCUUAACACCCACCAGGAGAGACUUGCUCAGCUGCUAGAGAGCAAGAUGAAGCACAACGGAGCGACUGAACGUUCGUACCGGAUGCUGCUGAAAGAAAAUAAGGUCGGCGAACGUCGGGAUUUCAUCACCUGCAAGAACUCUGCUGCUGCGACAGAAAACCACGCCCCCUCCUUCACACUACCGCUGACGUCACCUACCGACCCCGAGGCCGGCGACGUCGACGAUCUUUCAGUCUGCAGUGACCUGGAAUCAGGCGUCGCCGACCUCAGCAGCCACGCCUCCAGCUCCUGCGACGAUACAAAAGAUCCCCAUCUGGACGAGGCAGCCUACGCAAGUGUCUGAGUAAAAAAAAUAAAUAAAUAAAACAGGAAACAGGAAACAGGAUCGCUGAUAAGGGGACAAUCAUCAGGAGCGGCGUUUAUUUAUUUAUGUGAUUUUAAAAUGACAUCUGAGAAACCCAGUGGUUCCCAUUAACUGGAGUUUAGGUUUUAAUAAUAUAACUGACAUCUUUACAGAUAUUACUGAAAUAUAUACAGUAUAAUGUACAUCGAUUAUAUAAAACUCUUUAACUUCAUCAGAGUGGCCAUGUUGGAGGACCGCAGUCACUUUUAUUUUACCUCAGCUGAACAUGUUAGCGUCAGCGCUAAGGGUGAAACACGUCUGUAUGAUUAGCGGAGGAAUGUCGAAGCUGAACGAAACAGUCGCUGUUUGUUUUACCAGCAGACAAAAAGUGCUCAGUGAAGGUCAAAGUGAAAUAUUUUUUUUAAGGUGUUUUAUUUUUAUUUACACUUCUACAUUGAGUUUUGAGAUCCUGGUUUUAGCUCCUGUGUGUGUGUGUGUGUGUGUGUGUGUGUGUUUUACCUCAGUAAUUCUCUCCACUUAAACAAAAGUAGUUACGCCUCCUUUGACAACAAGGUUUAAACCACAGUGACAUGGUUCUCUUUACAUUUGCAGUGUGUAUGAUAAAAAGUAAACUGGUUAGACUGGAUGAACUGAAGGAUCUGUUUAUCCUACAUGUAGAUAUUAAAAGUAAUAAGGGUGCGACAUAUUUAGUUCUUUCUUAGGUGCUGAGCUCUGAUCAUCAUCUCUGUUUCAUGUCUUAAUAACAUCAGAUAAUAUUCAACACAGACAUUUAGACAUAACCAACAUCACUAAUCCACCAUCCCAACCAACAUCUCCCAAUAACCCACCCACCCACCACCCCAUCCCACCAAUUCACCCACCGACGUCUCCCACUUGGUGCGCCGAGGAGCUGCAAGCUCACAAGAGCACAGUUUGAAACUUGGAAACAUUCCUAUGUGUUUUCUACACACGUGUACACACACACUACAGUAAUUUAGUUGUAAAACGCUGUACGACAUCAGAAUAAAUUAAUAUUUACAACUCAUCUUGUAGUUUUUCUAGUUAUUGAACUACUUUUGAUGCUGAAAUGAUUUUUUUUUCCCUCCAA